AUUACCGACGAAAACUAUUUCUUAGCCCACCACCAUACCCAAGAGGGAAAAAGAAAAGAAAAAAAGUGAGUUGCGUCCAUUUAAUAAGUAGACACGGUUUUAAAAACAUAUAUAUAUAUAAUUUCUGGGAACGCCGGGUGCCGGACUACCAUGGUUUCGGAAGGGAACCAGCUGAUGAAUAAGAGUGUGUGCGUGAUCGGCGCGGGGCCGUCGGGGCUGGUGGCGGCGAGGGAGCUGAGGAAGGAAGGCCACAGCGUGGUGGUGUUGGAGCAAAACCAUGACGUUGGAGGGCAGUGGCUGUACAACCCAAACGUGGAGGGUGAGGACCCUCUGGGAAGGGGAACUACCCUACAGGUCCACAGCAGCAUCUAUGAGUCGCUGAGGGUGAUGUCACCCAGGGAGAUAAUGGGGUACACGGACUUUCCGUUUGCGGUGAAGAAAGGUAAGGGUAGGGACCCCAGGAGGUUUCCGGGACACAGGGAGCUGUGGAUGUACCUUAAGGAGUUCUGUGGGAGGUUUAGGGUGAGCGAGAUGAUAAGGUUCAACAGGAGGGUGGAGUAUGUGGGGAUGUUGGAUUUUGGGAAUAAUGAAUCGAUGAAGUGGGUUGUGAAGAGCAGGGAGAGGGAGUCUGGGAAGGUGAUGGAGGAGGUGUUUGAUGCUGUCGUUGUGGCUUCUGGCCAUUAUUCUCGCCCUAGGCUGCCGCUCAUUAAAGGAAUGGAUGCUUGGAGAAGGAAGCAACUGCAUAGCCACAUUUACAGGGUUCCCGAGCCAUUCCGUGAUGAGGUGGUGGUGGUGGUUGGGAACUCAUAUAGUGGGCAAGAUCUAUCAAUGGAGCUAGUAGAGGUGGCCAAGGAAAUCCAUCUUAGUGCCAAAUCUCUCACCAUCUCCGAGGGUCUCUGUAAAGUCAUCGCCAAACAUGAUAAGUUGCACCUUCGUCCUCAGAUUGAUUGUCUUUAUGAGGAUGGGCGAGUUUCUUUCGUUGAUGGCUCUUCGAUAAUUGCAGACACCAUCCUAUAUUGCACAGGGUAUUCAUACUCAUUUCCUUUCCUUGACACCAAAGGAAUAGUGGUUGUAGAUGAUGAUAGAGUGGGACCUUUGUACGAGCAUACGUUCCCACCCUCGGUUGCUCCCUCUCUGUCCUUUAUAGGCAUCCCAAGAAAGAUAAUAGGGUUUCCUUUCUUUGAGUCGCAAGCAAAAUGGAUUGCACAGGUGCUGUCAGGGAAAAGAAAAUUGCCAUCAUGGGAAGACAUGAUGCAGUCCAUUAAAGAGUUCUAUAACUCCAGGGAUCUUGCUGGCAUUCCCAAGCAUAAUACUCACGAUAUUGCAGAUUUUGAGUACUGUGAUAAAUAUGCAGAUUACGUGGGGUUCCCACACUUGGAAGAAUGGAGGAAAGAGCUGUGCAUAUCAGCAAUAAUAAAUGGGUUGGCAGACUUGGAGACAUACCGCGAUUCAUGGGAUGAUGAUUUAGACCUGCUUCAGGUGGCUCAUCAAAGCCCCCAUUUCACUCAACUUCCCCAUGAAGCUACCUAGCAACCUCGAUCUACCAUCCCACAGCUUAUUUCUCAUCUCCUUUCCCGCCCCGUACGCCUCGCAGUUUCUUUACUUUUGGAUCACCGGCCCACCACCCAUGCAAGUAUGCAUGCAGAUAUAUACAUACAUAUAUUCUAAGUAAGCUUAUGAUUACUAUUCUAUAUUAUUAUUGAGGGUGUGGUCACAAAAAUUGUUGUUGUUGCUUUGUUCGACACAAUUGCCUCCAAAGCCAGUCAUCGUUGUUGUUGCUUUGUUCGACACAAUUGCCUCCAAAGCCAUGACUGGUGAUAGGCUGGCCGGGACAAGUUUUUGAUUCCAUUUUUGGGAACUAGCAGAGUGUAUUCUUUUCAACAAUUAUUUUUUAUUGCAUAAAUCUUUGUAUUUGGCCAAAAGUUUGUUCCAUCAAUUAAUUAGAUGCAAGAUGAAAGGGAGAAGGAAAGGUCUAUGGCCAUCAAUUCAACUGAUAUGAGCAAUGUGUAUAAAAGGUGUUUGUGGAAGGAAUAGUCAAAAGGAUGAAUGCAAUGUAUUUAUCUCCUUUAAAAAAAAUAAUAAUUUUUUUUCCUUUUCAA